UCAAGCUCUGUAUCGUCUUCGACGUCUAGUCCAACUACAACUGUUGUUACAUCUCCAAGUACAUCGACUGUUUCGACGGUAUCAACGUCAUCUUCGAUUUCGUCAUCUUCCUCGUCCAUUACUAGUAGUUCCUCUACACCCUCGACAUAUGUAUCUUCGUCAACCAGCACGUACAUAAGAUCGACUAGCACUGUGCCAACGACUACAAGCGUUCCAACAACCAGCCCAUCGAGCUCUGUGUCGUCAUCGACGUCUAGUCCAACCACUACGAUUGUUACAUCUCCAAGUACGUCGUCUGUAUCGACAGUAACAACUUUAUCUUCGAGUGCGUCAUCGUCCUCAUCUAUUAGUAGUAGUUCUACUUCACACUCGUCGUCUGUGUCUUUGGCAACCAGCACUUAUAUAAGGUAUGAGAUUAGAAUUCCAUCGACUAGCACUGUGCCAACGACUACAAGCGUUCCAACAACCAGCCCAUCGAGCUCUGUGUCGUCAUCGACGUCUAGUCCAACCUCAACGAUUGUUACAUCUCCAAGUGCGUCGUCUGUCUCGACAGUAACAACUUUUUCUUCGAGUGCGUCAUCUUCGUCAUCCAUUACUAGUAGUUAUUCGUCACACUCGUCGUCUGUGUCUUUGUCAACCAGCACUUAUAUAAGGUAUGAGAUUAGGUUAUGA